GGUCACUAUCCUAUGUUCUUGUUUAUGUAUUGUAACAGCUAUUUUAUUUAGAUAUAUUUAGCGUUAGGUCAUUUGUUUCUGUUGAAUUCGUUUGGGUCUAUAGUUAGCUGUUCCUAUGAACUACACACUGCAUCACGUUAUGUAUGAAUAUUAUUUAUAAAUAGGAAAUCAGAGCGAAGGGACGUUUUGAAUUGGAAUGUCACCGAACCUACGUAAACAGGAACAGUGCAGCAAUUUGAAAGAAAGGGGACGGUGCGGGUAGUGCAACUUAAAGCUUCGGUCUUUAGCUUAAUUCCGUUAACGGGUCAACUGAUAACUUACUAGCCAGCAAGUGAACUAUACUGAGAUGGAUGGAUAUAAACUGGAUAUUAGGGUUAACAGGGCUCGAAAGGCACAAUCACUGGGUCGACAUGACUGAUUCGAUUGAUUCGGCUUGACAACUGUGCUGCUAGUGCUAGCAUCAGUCAUAAACGUUAGAUCACUAUCACAUCACGAAAAAUAAUAAUCUGAACGAGUGAAGUGGGCAUCUGGUCAUCCUUUGUUGAACAUGGACGAAGAUUAUUUGCUCGCCAUUCAGCUGCAGGAGCAGUUUGACCACGAGGCGUCCCGAUCCACACUAAGUGAUGAAGGAGACAGUUUUGGACAAAGCAGCAAAAAGCGAAAAGUUGAGUCUGGCAGGAGCAGUGUCAUCCCGUAUUCGCGUCCGCGUGUCGACCCCGAGAGGCCAAUGUCUAUCGUGGACGAGUCAUGGGAAACGCUGGACCCCAACCCCGAUGUGAGGUCCAUGUUCCUUGAGUUCAAUGACACCUUUUUCUGGGGGAAACUCUGCGGUGUGGAGGUCAAAUGGAGCCCGAGGAUGACUCUAUGUGCAGGUGUGUGCUCCUACGAGGGUCGAGGUGGACUGUGUUCCAUACGUCUCAGCGAGCCGUUACUGAAGCUUAGACCCAGACGGGAUCUUGUCCAGACGCUUCUUCAUGAGAUGAUUCACGCUCUGCUGUUCGUGACCCAGAACAAUCGAGACAGGGACGGACAUGGGCCAGAGUUCUGCAAGCACAUGGACAGAAUCAACCAGGCUACUGGGACUAAGAUCACCGUGUACCACACCUUCAACGAUGAGGUGGACCUGUACCGCCAGCACUGGUGGCGCUGCGAUGGCCCAUGCCAGAACCGCAAGCCCUUCUUCGGCUACGUGAAGAGGGCCAUGAACCGGGCCCCUUCGUGCCUGGACCCCUGGUGGGGGGGCCACCAGAGCAGCUGCGGGGGCACGUACACCAAGGUGAAGGAGCCGGAGGGCUACGGGAAGAAGGGGAAGGCCAAGGGAGAGGGCAGCAAGAAGGGCUCCGAAACCAAGCCCACAGCCAGCAGGAAGCCCUCCAGCACAACAGCAGGUUCUGGUUUACAGGACAUCAGGAAUAUCAUCCCCUUCAGCGGCAAAGGUUUCCUGCUGGGUGGAAGCUCUCAAUCGUCAUCCUCAUCAUCCACCAACAAACCCUCUGGGCCCAGCCCCACACAACCAGCACUUUUCCCCCCAGUCUCCCCAGCCAAGCCCCGGAUGUCCCCCCCAGCCCUGUCAGCCAAUAAAACGGUAGGCUCCGCUGGAUGGCUUAAUGGAAGAAGCCCCAUCAGGAGUAGUAACACAAGCUCACCAGCAGGUGGAGCCCCCAGUGCCCCUUCAAGCAAGAGACCGCCUAUGAAGAAGUCCGUCAGCAACACCAGGGUUUUCGUCAACAUCAAUGGCUCCCCCGUCAGGAUUACCAAACCCAGCCGACAGGUGGCCAAGCCCAUGGACACGUUACCAAAGACCAAACAGAAGUCUGUUCAGGACCUAUUCAACUCCAGAAGCCUUUGGACAUCUCAGAGUGCAGCUGGUUCCUCCACUGUGUCAAAACCUCCUGAGGAGAUUCAGACCAGAGACCCUACCAGCCAAUCCGGGGGCAUCAGUUCCAGGAAGAGACCUUGGGACAACCGGACCUCCGCCGACAUCUUCGACUUCUUCCGGAAGACCAUGGGAGAAUCUUUAUCCUCCUCCUCCUCAUUAUCUACCACCACCUCCAGGGACGGGAGACAAGGAGGAGCCUCAAGGGCAGCCCUCCCAGGUCCAGCCCUCCCAGGUCCAGCCCCAGGUCCAGCCCCAGGUCCAGCCCCAGGUCCAGUCCCAGGUCCAGCCCCAGGUCCAGCCCCCUCCACCUCCACCCCUGUUGCCCAGGCCAGCGGUGGGGCUUCCAGCAGCCUGACAGUAAGCUGCCCAGUGUGCCAAGUCAAGGUGCCGGAGGCCAAAAUCAAUGAACAUCUAGACUCCUGUCUGUCCUGAUGGAGAACAGCGUGAGGAAGAAACACAGCCGUGGCAUUUUAUCACCCAGCUCAGGGACUUUUCAAUAGGACCAAAGCACUGACUGCCAUGUUAUUGGUUUGUUGGAUGCCGUAAAUGUGGACAUGUGAAGGAUUUGCUACUAUAUCUUUUUUAACCACAUAGAGCUGAAUCCCAAGUCCCUGUACCUUCCGUUUGAGAUCUGUUUCUCCUACAUCAUGAUGCUCUUAGUUCCCAUCUCUCGCGGCGAGAGACCAGUGGGGACAAAAACAUUUUUAUAACCCCUGACUAGAAAUCACUGAUUUAGUAACAACCGGUGCUUAAAAAAAAAAAAAAAUGCAGUGACUGAUUUUUUUACUUAGUGGUGGACACAAGCAAUCAUUCAAAAAUAAUAUUUGGUGUACUUUCUCAUAAAAUAAGUGCUUUUGGCUAUAUAAACCCAUCUGUAAAGCCUCUUUAAACUUGCUGUGGUGCAGAGUUUGGAGGGGUGAUGCUGACAGGCUGUGAUGCUGAUCAGGCAGUAUUGUAUUUCACACCUGCUUGUGGUUCAAGUCUUCCCAGUUUUGAGAAUUCAUUCCGCGUUCAGUUGGGGUGUGACAAGGGCGUUGGGUGACCUCGGUCAUUUGGUACUGUGACGCUAUUCUAUGCUGUUCUGAACCACAACACUAAGACAUGAUGCCUUUUAAUCUUUUAUUUAAUGUUAUGUUGUCAGUUUCUCUUCAGGCUUUAAAAUGUAUUUACCAUAGUUUUAAGGUGCCUGUUUGUUUCGUUAAAAAAAGUAUUUAUAUGUUGGAGGAAUAAGAUAUACUGAUUGUGUUGGAUUCAUUGCCUUGAUACAAAACUAGAAUGCUAUUUUACCUUUCAUAUUUUAGUCCAGUUUUACUUGAAAAUAAAAUGUUGUGAAAUAAACGUUCUACUCGAA